UAUCUUACCCCGCUUCCAUCGCCUACAGCGGGAACAGGCACAACACACGAGUCCGGGGAAGAGAAACCAGGUAAAGCACGACCAUGGCGCCGUCGGAUUUCGCGAAAGCAGAUAUUGCAGAGGUCGUGGAGAAGUUAACGACGGAUGAAGCCAUUCUGCUUACUGCUGGCGUUGGGUUCUGGCAUACCCACGAAGUUCCGAGGCUUGGGAUACCCGCAAUCAAGGUUAGCGACGGACCGAAUGGUAUACGAGGAAAUCAUUUCUUCAUGGGCACACCCGCCAAAUGUCUACCCUCUGCAACCGGUUUGGGAGCUACCUGGGACACUGGCUUGAUCCAGCAAGUCGGACUCAAGCUCCUCGCCGCGGAGGCCAAGCUCCGAGCAGCAUCUAUAGCCUUAGCUCCGACAUGCAAUAUUCAGAGGAAUCCGCUAGGAGGACGAAGCUUCGAAAGUUUCUCCGAAGACCCGUACUUGUCCGGCAUGAUUGCUGCGGCAUACACAAAGGGAGUUCAGGAAGGCGGUAUCGGUGUCUGUAUCAAGCAUUUUGUGUGUAACGACAAGGAGAACGACCGCAUGGCGUAUGAUAGCAUUCUCUCCGAGCGUGCUCUGCGCGAAAUCUAUUUGAUGCCUUUCAUGCUAGCCCAGAAAUACGCCAAGCCCUGGUCCUUCAUGACAGCGUAUAAUCGAGUCAACGGCACGCACUGCUCUGAGAACCCCCACCUGAUAAAGGACAUCUUGCGGGGAGAGUGGGGUUUCGAGGGCAUGAUCAUGAGUGAUUGGUUCGGCAUCUACAGUAUCGACCACGCCAUCAAUGCUGGGCUCGACCUCGAAAUGCCCGGUACUAACAAGUGGCGUACGCUCGAUCUCAUGAACCGGUCUAUCCAGUCCCGCAAGAUCACGGCUCGCACGGUAAAAGAGCGUGCGGCCAAAGUGCUCGAGCUAGUCAAACGGUGCGCUAAGGAGGCGCCGGAGGUGCUGGACGGAGACAAGCAGGAGUAUACGAGGGAGAGCGAGGACGACAAGGCGCUCAUGAGAAAGCUCGCGGCAGAGUCGAUCGUGCUGUUGAAGAAUGAACAGAAGCUUCUUCCUCUGGACAAAAGCAAGCUGAAGAAGGUCGCCAUCGUAGGUGGAAAUGCCAAAGCCUUCGUGCUGUCCGGCGGUGGUUCAGCUGCACUGAAGCCUUCAUAUUUCGUUUCACCGUAUGACGGAAUCGUCAGCGCUUUGGGUGACAACGUGCAGGUGACCUUCAACGAAGGCGCGCGAACCUAUAUGACCAUGCCGUCGCUCGACUACGAGCUGUUCACGGAAUCCGGCGAGCGGGGUUGGAUGGGCUACUGGCACACCCACGAAGACGACAAUAGCAUGACUCCCAUUGAGGAGCCCAUCGAGACACGUCUGAUCGACGAAUCGCGGAUAUUCAUCAGCACCUCGUACCCCAAAGGCAUCACGUGGAAAUGGACGCUGCGCUUGAAAGGAAAGCUGCGGCCCAGACCGUACGAUUGCAACUUCGAAUUUGGCUUGACCGUAGCCGGCCGAGCGAAAUUGUACGUCGACGGCAACCUCGUCAUCGACAACUGGACUCGCCAACGGCGCGGGGAGUACUUCUUCGGCGUGGGCACCGUGGAAGAGCGCGGCGUCUACCCGCUGAAAGCGAACGUCGCGCACGACAUCUACGUCGAGUUCUGCAACGUCCGCGGGCCGGCCGACGGCGACGAAGACGAGGCGGUCAUGGACUCCAACCCCGGCGUGCGCCUCGGCGGCGCGGAGGUCGAAGAUCCCGACGAGCAGAUGCAGAAGGCCGUCCAACUCGCGAAGGAGGCAGACGUCGUCAUCGCGGUCGUCGGUCUGAACGCGGACUGGGAGACGGAGGGGUACGACAGGACGACGUUGGCGCUGCCGGGGAGGACGGACGAGCUGAUAGAAAAGGUUAACAAGGCGAACCCGAAGACUAUUGUCGUCAACCAGUCGGGAUCCUCCGUCCUGUUCCCGUGGGCGGACUCCGUGGGCACCAUUGUACAGGCGUGGUACUUAGGGAAUGCUACGGGUGACGCCAUUGCCGACGUACUGUUUGGAAAGGUGAAUCCGUCCGGGAAACUCUCCUUGACCUUCCCCAAGCGGAUUGAGGACUUGCCCACGCAUGGCCAUUUCAUGUCUGAGCAUGGAAAGGUCCGUUACGGGGAAGACUUGUUCGUUGGUUACAAACACUUCGCUCACCGUAAGAUUGCACCUGCAUUCGCUUUUGGGCACGGCUUGUCAUACUCCACCUUCUCCUACGACGACCUAACUCUCACGAAGCCGACCGUUGCGAACGGAGAUGUACGGCUAACGGCUUCAGUGACCGUCACAAACAAGAGCAACGUUUCGGGAACGGAGGUCGUCCAACUCUACGUCACGCUGCCUGCCCAAGCGGACCCGGGGCUUACACAGGUACCGCUCAUGCUGAAGGCGUUCGCCAAAGUCCCGAUCCGCGCGGGCGAGAGUGCAACUGUGCAGCUUCAGCUGGACAAGUAUGCCGCCUCGUACUUCGAGGAGAGGAUCAAUCGGUGGGUGGUCGACAAGGGCGAGUAUACGGUUAGGGUGGGGCCUAGCAGCGAUGCCCUGCCUCUGGUAAAGUCGUUCAGGAUUGAGAAGGGAUUCGAAUGGACGGGCCUGUGAUCUUUACUUGGAUAAGUGUGAACGUUGGAGCACUUGCAGUAUACCUUUGUAUUUUAUGCGGUGGUCUUUCAGCGACCUCCUUUGAUGGACAAUUCCUUCAUGAUGCGCUAGGGAUGGUUAGUUUUCUGCCAUUGAGUUAAGCCGG